AUGUCACACUGAAAUAGAAUAUAUUUCCAAAACGCUAAUUCUCCUAUUAUAGAACAACUACUCUUUUUUCAUGAUCACUCAAUAAUUGUAAUCUCUAGAAUUAUUAGAUUUCUAUUAAUUAACUUACUCAGAAUAAUGUAUUUAAAUAGUGUUAAUUUAAAUCUAAACGAAAAUCAAACUCUAGAAUUAAUCUGAACACUAAUACCUAUACUACUAUUAAUUUUCAUCGCUCUCCCUAGCCUUCGUUUACUGUAUUUAAUAGAAGAAACUUUUUCACCUAACCUUACAAUAAAAAUCAUCGGCCACCAAUGAUAUUGAUCCUACGAAUAUAGAGAUUUUAAUUGCAGAUUUGACUCAUUCAUAGAAAACAGAAAAGAAAAAUUUCGAUUAAUUGAAACUGAUAAUAAAAUUUAUAUCCCUAUAAACACUUUUACACGAUUACUUAUCACUUCCGCUGAUGUAAUUCACUCUUGAACGAUUCAAAGAAUAGGGGUAAAAACUGACGCAAUCCCCGGUCGUUUAAACCAAAUUAAUCUAUACCCUUCUCGACCAGGGAUAUUUUAUGGUCAAUGUUCAGAAAUCUGUGGAGCAAACCACAGAUUUAUACCUAUUUGCUUAAAAAUUUCUAACAUAAAUAAUUUUAUUAAUUUUAUCAAAUCCUUGUAA